CAUUCGCUUAGUCCGAGCAUAAUACAGAUGUUUAUGUAUUAUUUAUGUACAUCACAGGGGUAUACGCAUAGAAUGUUGCGCAAAGCACAGACGGGAAACUGUACUGUGACGUCAUUACUUCCCCAGAGCAAACAUUGGCGGAAUUGCAAACAGAAUUAUUGCCGCUUGCUGUCUGCAUGAUGAUCACCGCCGCAAUUUUGCUCGACGCUGGAAGAUCGUUCGCGGUUCCUGUAGCAUUCACUGCUGUUUCUGUUCUGACGCUGUAUGUGUGCCUACGAAAAAGACAGGGCAUCCCUCCCGGUCCCACAGCCUGGCCAUUGGUCGGCAAUUUGUUCUCUAUGGGUCGACAAAGCCACCUCAUAUUAGAAAGCAUGCGGAAAACCUACGGCGACGUGUUCUCAGUCUACUUUGGCUCAACUUUAGUGGUCGUUGUCAAUGGUAAAGCGGUUGAGGAAUGCCUGUCAACACAUUCUGCAAGAUAUUCCAUGCGUCCUGAGCUUCACACGACACAGUAUAUAUUGGAAGGGAAGAGCUUUGCAUUCUCACAUAUAGCAGUAUCAGAACACAAACGAUACCGCACGUUAGCUGUAGCUGUGGUUAAACAACUUGUCAACGGCGGUGGCGAGAAAACAGACGUUGCAGUCAAACAUGGUCUGCAGAAUGGAACGCGGCAUAGCUCUAUCGAAGACAGAAUCUAUAUGGAAGCUGCUUGCAUGUGCGAUAAACUGUUAGAGACAUCAGACAAGCCUGACCUGAAAGACGAAAUACUGCAGGUCAUAACAAAAGAACUGUGCCGCUCGGCAGCGGACAUGCUGCUGGGAAAUACGCUGUCCGAGUAUGAACUUGACGAAAUUUCUCGUGUGGUAGAAAACUUGCGUAAUUCAAAUGAGGCGAUUAUGUUAGUCAAUUUUAUCCCAGCGGUCCGAAUGCUCUGGAGAAAUGGAUUACAAAAAUAUAUUCAGUUAACCCAAUCGUUAAACAGGUUUUUCGAACGUUGUAUACGAAAUCGGAAAGCGCAACUCGCAACGGUUUCGAACGGACAUACCGAAGACAAUGGUGUCUGGCUUACCAACGGUGUUGACUGUACUGUGAAGUUUUGGCAAAAACUAAAGAACGAUCCACAAUACGAAGAAAGCAGAGUCAUGAAAGUGGUAGCUGACUUGUUCGGCGCUAGAGUGGACACGAUGACCGUUGCCCUCGCAUGGAUGAUUGUCUAUUGGUCCACUUACCAGGCGGCACAAGAAAGGGCACAGAAGGAAAUUGACCACUUCGUGAAAAACGAAAAACGUUUACCGAGGUACUCCGAAAGAAAUCAACUCCCGUACACAAUGGCCCUUAUAAUGGAAGUUGAAAGACAUUGUAGUUUCGUACCAUUUACCCUGCCACACGCCCCUGUGCAAGACACGAUGCUAAAUGGAUAUUUAAUCCCGAAAGGCACAAUGAUGUUAAUCAGCAUGCGGUCAAUUAACCACGAUACUGCAGUGUGGGACUCGCCUGCUCAAUUCCGACCUGAAAGAUUCCUUUUGGAUCAGUCUGGAGGUUUUAACAGCGCAUUGGCGGAACAAGUUAUGCUGUUUGGUGCUGGGAGGCGACGGUGCGCAGGGGAGGCAUUAGGACGUAUGCAGAUAUUUCUUUACUCGGUCCUAUUCCUAAGAAAAUGUACGUUUCGACGCAGCGACAAGGAUGGCCACGUUUUGCCCGAAUCCUUGGCCGGAAUUUCGUUAAUCCCUCAAACUAUGUGCGUGUCCAUCUCACGGCGGGAGGCUGACGGUUCUAAAAACACCGAGCCGUGAUGAAGAUGUGGCUGUAGCGGUCACGCUUUUCGCGACAGUGUUAGUUAUCCAAGUAGUUGAUUCUAAAUAACAUCAGGACCUUUUAGUUUUUGCCAUUUUUUGUCAUGCGGGAAACUGCUGCCUUUUUUCUUUAUUUUGUGAUUUCUGGCAUACUAUAUGGCCAUAUGCAACUCGUUUUCAGUCUUUGGCGUCGAAAUUGUUUUACUUCAUGGAGUUUUGUUUCUAUUUAUUUCGCUGACUUUUUUGUCUCUUAAACCUUAAAUUUGCCCAACAGGUACAGAGUUAAUAAUAACUUAGGACUGAUCAUUAUAAAUACUUUGCUCAAAUUUAAUACAAAUUAGAUUAAAAUGUUACCGCGUUGUGCUGUAUGAUGUUACAAUGUGUAACCUUUUUUGAAUGUGUAACCUUUUUACUCGGUUCAAAGGUUGUCUAACAAUAUAUCGUAUAGGUGUGAAAUACUCCCUUCAACGUGUACAUGAUACAGCAUGCUACAACACUGUUAGCCUCCCGCAAUGUAACCUAUUCUUCUUUUCUGUAUAUAUAACAUAGAUGUGCAUUUAUUGUUUUAAUCAUUUUUUUCUUUUGUUGUUAUUACAUACCCCCAGUUCAUUAAAAAGAGUCAAUCAGUCCGUUUUUAAAAGGUCCCGUUUCCCUUUUAUUUCUUCAUGGCAACUUCAAACUAAUGUAGUCUUCGUCAAUUUCACAUUCGAUACAAUAAUAAAUAAUUUUAAAAUGCUUGAA